AUGGCUGCCCUUGUUAUGCUCUUUGCUAUCCUCCUCUUCCUGCCUUCCUCCAUGGCCAAAAACAUUCUCUAUGAAGGCGAAUCGCUGAAGACCGGCGAAUCCCUCACAGAAGGGAACUUUAAAUUCACCAUGAUGUCCGACGACUGCACCCUGGUGCUGAACGACAACGACCAGACCGUGUGGUCCACUAAUACCGGCGGCAAAGGCACCAGCUGCUACGCUCACGUGCAGACCGACGGCAACGUCGUCAUCCGCUACGACAAGGCCCAUCGCAACCGCAACGUCGUCUUGUACGACUCCAAGUGGGCCACCAACACCUACACCGCCAAUUCCGAAGGGUUUGUGGUCGCCAAAAGGGACCACAACGAUACUAGCAUCAUGACGGAGGUGGUCGUGCCGGCGGCGGAUGAACCCGCGAACAGAAAGAUCGCCAUGGCGACUAAUAAUUAG